AUGAAGUUCUCGGUGCACACGACCGAACAAAUGGAGGAUCAGAUUGCUGAUCAGGGCAUCAUCCCUGACAAGCUGACGGGCGAGGAGUCCGGGGAAGAGGAGUCCGGGGAUGAAGAGACUGAGGACUCAGGCUCAGCAUCCGAGUGGCGUCCUGGUAUUGAGAUUCUGUUCAGGCGACCCAUAUACUUAAGCGAUACGGGUCCGCGAUUCCCGCAAGAGCUGAUCGAGCGCAUUUGCGAAUUCCUCUGGGACGAACCGGUCCAGCUAGCGGUCAGCUGCACGCGCAUUUGCCCCGCUUGGUAUCAUGCUGCACGGCGACUUCUGCCAGCGCAUGACAUCACCUGUCGAACCCGAGAGGCCCUGCAAGAUCAUGCGCAUACACUCACAUCCCUUCGUAAUGCGCCAUGUCGCAAACGCUUCUGGCGAGUGAGGAUUUCCGACAAUGCCAGCAAGCCGUUUGCGCACGUUUGGCCUAUGUUCAUUCCUGGAUGGAUACUACCGGAACUGCGUGACGUGGAACUCGUUGCCCUGGACUGGUCAACCAAGACACCGCACGAUAGCUUCUUCAUCUACCUGUCUUCUUACACCAGCAUCUCAAGCCUACAGAUGUACGACUGCAGGUUUCGCAGUCUGCCGGAUCUUCGCAGGGUGAUCAAUGCCCUUCCCAGCCUUACGUGGCUGUAUCUUCACAACGUAACACUACAGCACCCCCUCAGACCGGGAUCGGUCCCCGACCACAUCGCUCUCCGAGCCCGUUCACAUAGGCUCAAGUCUAUUGAUCUUUGCGGUUCCGGACAUGGCGGGCCAGAGUAUCCUGAUGUGUCCUCGGACUACCAAGGAACAACGGCCCUCGAUUAUCAAGCUCUGCUGCGUAUGGUAGUCGCGAACUCAUCCACUGUUACUCGCCUCGCCGUUGACCUGCGAUUCUUUACUUCGACCUCAGCUCUUCAGCAAUGCCUGGCGCAUUUUCGCCGUCUGACAUCAUUCGAAGCACAGUACCGAUUUGCCUCGGGCCCUAUGAUCGCACUCGAGGAGACAGUUCCUGCGCGUACGGAGAACACGUAUAUACACGCAUGGGAAAGCUUUACCCUUAUGAACGUCCCCGAUCAAAGCGCACUGCAGCUUCUGCAGCUGCUCAAUACCCCUGAUACGUGCAGCAAACUGGAGGAGUUGAAUAUCUAUCUUACAGGCCGGCCAUCCGCCACACUUGUAUCAUGUACUAGCCGUGUGCUCCAUGCACUCGGACAUCGGCUCAGGAUUCUUGAUUGGGGAUGCUCGGUGGACCCAGAUGUCGAGGCCACUCCGUCCCUCGCAGGGAAUACGACUCUGCAAACGUUGCACAUAGACCUUCGGGACAUUGCCCCAUCGCCACAGAAGAUACACAGUGCUCUCACCGCCGUCCUAUCAGACAUCGUCAGCGUGGACCUGCAGCACGUGUGUAUUCGGUUCACUCUAGCUUGCCUCGAGGUGCUUCCCCAGGAUCAUGGACGGACACCCACGGUACUAGAUCCUGCCGAGUCCAUCUCUGCCUUUCACGCCAUUCUCUCGCGCGAGAUAUUCAAUGGGCUUCCGCUGCACACUCACUACAGCCCCGUAGAGGUUGUUUUCGAUUCCGGGGACAUACAGGGCAAUCUCGCCGUGGUAGCCACUAUCAAGGCCUACAUGAUCACUCUCUUUACGCCGUGGUUGGAUCGUGGAAUAGUGUCGUUGGACUUCUAUUCGGCGGACAGUUCGGAGAUUAUUACUUGUGUGCCCAUGAGGACACAUCGAGCGAUCGCGGAGGCGAGGAUGUCGAAGAAAACACACCCGUAG